CAUGCUAACUAGUUCACUUAAACCGACUAUUCUCAUUGCUUUAUUGAUAAAACACAGCGUUGAGUUGAGAUAUUUGCUUUUGUGUGGCCAUAUAAACCAACCGCAAACUGACGGUGUAAUUAUACAGAAACAGUUCAUGUGACAGUUAAAAUAUUUUUUUAUCGGAAGUUUUAACCUUCAAAUCAAAUUGAGUUUCAACUGUGUUUGAUAUUGGAAGGUUUGGUCCUUCUUGUUUAAGACUGCGGAUCGUGGUUAGAUAAGCUUGAUUUGUUCAGCUAUUCAAUUCAGCCGAUAAUACUUGUAAAACUCUUUCAGUAAAAUGGCAACCUUUUCACAAUCUAUCAUUGACAAGGGCUCUGACAUUUUCCACGACUUCUUGUGCAACACCUGUGCAGACAAGAAACUUGAUAAUACAGCUGAUUUCUACUGUGAAUCUUGUGUUAAGUUUUAUUGUGGAAAAUGUAUCCGCCCACACAGCCAGUUGUUUACAAAACAUGACACCUUUGGAAGGGGAGAUAUGAAGAAAUGGCCAGUGACCAAAAAGGUGGAAGAUUUUCUACUGAAAUGUGAUGUCCAUAAAGAUAAAAACCUCGAAAUGUUUUGUUCUGAACACAGUGAGCUGUGCUGCAAACAUUGUGAAUUCCUAAAUCACAGACACUGCAAAAAGGUAACUCUUAUAUCCGACAUCGUAAAAAGUCAGUCUACAGACCUUCAGCAACUGUCAAUUUCAAUCCAAAGUAUUCUAAAAGAAAUGAAGAAACUUCAAGACAGCCAGGAGGCUAGCAUUCAGUCUGUGCAAAGUUCAUAUGAUGAGCAGUUACGCAGGAUAGAGGAAACUCGGCAAACAAUAAAUGCAGCCUUAGCCACGAUUGAACAGAAGACACUGAAGGAAAUGAAAGAUACUCUAACCAAACUGCAAGCCUCUUCCAAAAGUGAUGUUGACGAAUGCAUCAGGCUAAGGGAUGAAUUGACACAACUUCGAGAUGCCAUACAGGACAUUAGUGAUAAAAGCAAACUGGAACUAUCCUUUAUAGCCACCAGGAAAUGCGAGGACAAAAUAGAACAGUCUACAACUUUUCUGAACACGAACUCUCUUCAGGAUAAAUUCUAUAUAACAUUCCAGCCUAACAGUGAAAUUGUACAGUACUUGUCCAAGCUGUCAGGUCUUGGGAGGAUAGAACACAGUACCAAGACAUUGAUGGUACAAGAAAAUCCAAACAAGGUAAUCACUGUGCUGAGGAAGUCUGAAAACAAUGUGAAAAUACCAAGUGAUUCAAAGGAAUGCUGGAUCACAGGCAUCCUUGCCCUCCCAGACGGACAAGUCCUGGUUGUAGACUACAAUAAUGACAAUGUCAAGCUUCUUGACCAGCAGUACCAUGUGGUAAAUCACUGUAGUAUGACUCAAUGGCCCUUGGAUAUAUGUCAGAUCACAUCGAGUGAGGUGGCUGUGACUGUGGAUGAUCGAAAUAACAAACAUGAGGUCCAGUUUAUCACAGUCAACAACAGGCAGCUGAGGAAAGGAAGAAAGCUUCAGUUACUACAUAGAUGUAACGGUAUUGCCUUCCACCAGGGGGACCUGUAUAUUACUUCUUUGACUGCACUGUACAAGUAUACGCUGAAUGGGAAACUUGUCAGCAAGAUGUAUGAGGAUACAUCAUAUUAUUAUACAGAUAGUGCGUGUGCUGUGAGUCCCACAGGGGACAAGUUGUACAUCACACAAUACCCCCAGCACAAGCUCCUCAUCCUGGCCAGGGAUGGUUCAGUCCUGGCCACCUUCACUGACCCUGCACUACAAUUCCCACGUUGUAUACACGUGACACCUGCAGGACAGGUGCUCGUUUGUGGAGAAAUAUUCGCCAAUCCCUUCAUCCUACAGGUGGACAGUGCGGGCAAAAGGAAGCUGGCUACUCUUGGUAUGGAGAAGAACUGUUUGCUGACCCCAGAAUCCAUCUGCUACAACAGACACACUGCUUCCAUCAUUGUGGGAGGACGUAAUUACAACAGCAUCAUGGUGUUCAAAGUGCAAUAGGUUAAUUCUUCAUGUAAAUUUGAUUUUUAAUUCAGAUGACUUAAAUUGCAAUUAGAUUGUGUUGUUGUGUUACUAAAACAUUGUUAGUGAUUUCAAGAUGCAUUUAUUUAAAAAAAAUAAUGUCACAAGUUCAAAGAAUGUUUAGAGUUUAUGUGAAAAAAAGAACUGCUAAAUAGUGUAUAAUAUUGUUACAUCUAUACAAAUUGCUUUUGUAUUUCUCAUUUACUUUACAAGUUGACAAAAAAUGCUGGUGAAAAAAUCGCAAUCAAUUUUAGAUCCGAAUAUAGUAAUAUAGUGUCUGUUAUUUUCAUAACAUCAACAUUACACUGUAACUACAACAUGUAUGUAUAAAGGCUGUCAUUUCUUUAAUGUACACAACAAAUGUAUUGAAGAUAGCAUAGAAUUUUUGUUUUUGAUUCUAAUAUAUGAUGAUUUUUUCCUGCACUGACAACAUGUGUUUGGUAAUUUAUAAUAAUUAAUUUAGCGUAGCUGUGUAACCCAGGUUUUGAUCAACAUUAAUAUCCAAGAAAUGUUGAGAAUAUUUUCAAUCAUGAAACCUGAAUGAAUAAAUCGCCCCAUUGGUGCAAAACGGUACCAUGUGACAUUUAAUUAAAAAGCGACAUGGUACCUUUCUGCACUAAUGGGUCAAAAUGAUAAUUCAGCAUGUGCUAGCAUGAAACUUAUAGAAAUGCAACAUUGCGUUUUGCAAUAAUGUAAACCAACCCAUGAUGCUGUGUGGAAAGGGUUCUUAAAAAACAGCACAAGAGAUCUGCGAUCAGGUACAAAUGACCCCUUAACAGAGCCUUGACAAAUGAUUUUUUGCAACACAGUGUUUACAAACACAAAUAAUACAUAUAUGCAAUGGCUACAAACUAGGAUUAUCCACAAAAUAUUGGGAACAAACUUCCUUUUUUAAAUGGGCUUGUCAGAUAGUAAUACAUGCACUUUUUGCUUUUUGCAAAAUGUCAGAAGAAUCAAUUACCAAUUUAUUCUGGGAAUGAAAUGCCGUACAAAAACUCAUAAAAGACAUCUCUGAAAUCUUAAAAAAUGCAAAUAUUCAAUACUUUAUUCAUUUCAAGGAGAAAAGUACAGUUUUGAGUGCAAAAGGAAAGAAGUUAUCACAAAUUUUCAGGGGUUUAAGGCUAGACUAAGAUUUGCUUUAAAUGUUUAUGCAAACACAACACGUCAAUCAAAUAAAGGAGUUUUUUGGAAUGUUAUAAGACUAAUAUGUAAUUCAUAAUUUUAUUAAUGCAAAAAUAUGUGUUGUCAACCAAGCAACUCGCAUUAUAUGUGUUAUAUGUUAUAUAUGUAAUUGUAAAUUGCAUUAAAACAUGCUGUUUACUUAGUAACCAUCAUAAUGUAGGUAACUUGCAAAUUGUGAUUGCUUGCAUUAAGUUAUUUUUGUAUUCUAAAUUGCAAUUGAUUGUAUUGUACAAAAUGCACUUUAUAUGCAAAAUCACAGGUUUGUUAAUAAUGUCCAUUAUAAAUACAUGAAUAACUAGCAAAUCUUACAGUAUACAGUUUUAUGUUAUAUGAACACUGUAAUCAUAGAUGUAAAUUGAAGGGUAGUUGUAAAUAUGAAAACUUUUUUGUUAAGAAUGUGGUAUACAUAAAUAAGUAUAAAAUAAAUUAACUGUGUUAAAAAGUAAGAAUAAAGUAUACUGUAAUUCAGUUUGUGUAUUUACAGUUAUUACACAGUAAACACACAAGAUAUACGGUAAAAUAAGUAUGUGUAUGUACAUGUCUUUGUAAAUUGAUGGUUUAUGACAUGAAUACAAUCAUUGAUACAUGAAAAAAGGGUUACAAGGUGAAACUAUUUGAUAAAGUUUAGAAAUGUUAAGGAGCUACACCAGUUUGAUACUUAACUGUAUAAAUCAACUUGUGCAUGCACCUGUAUAUUUGCCUGAGGUUUUAUUCUUGAACACUGUGUUCUCAUUUAUAAAAAAUAGUAUUACAUGUAUAUUGCAUUCUGUGCACUAAUAUAUAUUAUAGCAUA